ACCUCACAUCCUCCCGUGAGGCGCGCGCUGCCUCACGCUGACCUCUGACAGCAAACACGGAAGCAGCAUGGCGUCCAACGGCAGCAGCAGCAGCAACGCACAGCACAGACUCCGCAUCAUAGUCGGACAUUUGCAGAGACCAGCGGAGGAUGAAAUCGCAGGCAUCGCUGCGCAGGAGUGCAAAGCCGAGACCCCCGAAUCCAACCCGAGCCGCCCGCAACCGGUACCGAAGAGGAGACAGGAGACUAUGAAAUGGAAUGGCUGGGGAUAUAGUGACUCUAGGUUCCUGUUUAAUAAAAAAGGUCAAGCUGAGUUUACAGGGAAAAGAUAUCGGGUGAGUGGCCUGAUCAUGCCGAGUUUAAAGGACUGGUUUGAGGGAACGUUUGGAGCGAGUUUACAGCAUAAAUCUCUUGCAACACCCACAGUGAAUUUAAGUGCAAUACCCCCUCCUAACCUGAACGAGCCAUUCAUCGAGGACCUGAAAGCUGGGGGCGUGGCCCUGUCACAUGAUCCAGAGGAUCGGGUCUUUCGAGCUCAUGGUCACUGUCUGCAUGAAAUCUUUGCUCUGCGUGAAGGGAGGAUUGGACGAGUGCCGGACAUGGUGGUUUGGCCGAGUUCUCACAGUGAUGUAGAGAAGAUUGUGGAGCUGGCCUGUAAACAUAAUGUCUGUUUGAUCCCCUUCGGAGGUGGUACGAGUGUGUCCAGUGCUCUAGAGUGCCCUCAUGAGGAGACUCGCUCCAUUGUGUCUCUGGACACAUCUCAGAUGAACCGAAUAUUGUGGCUGGAUGAGAAGAAUCUAACCGCUCAUGUGGAGGCAGGAAUCAUUGGACAAGAACUAGAGAGACAGUUAAAUGAGCGUGGUUACUGUACGGGUCACGAGCCGGACUCGAUGGAGUUCAGUUCUCUGGGCGGAUGGGUGGCCACAAGAGCAUCGGGCAUGAAGAAAAACAUCUACGGUAACAUCGAGGACCUGGUGGUGCAUAUAAAGAUGGUAACUCCCAGAGGAGUGAUUGAGAAGAGCUGUCUGGGACCCCGCAUGUCAACUGGACCUGACAUACAUCACUUCAUACUGGGCUCUGAAGGAACUCUGGGAGUGGUGACUGAAGUUACGUUGAAGAUCCGCCCCGUUCCUGAAUAUCAGAAAUACGGCUCUAUCGUCUUCCCAAAUUUCCAGCAGGGUGUUGCGUGCCUGAGAGAGGUCGCCAGACAGAGAUGUGCUCCAGCAUCUAUUCGGCUAAUGGACAAUGAUCAGUUUCAAUUUGGUCAUGCACUCAAACCACAAGUGUCCUCCAUAUUCACCUCAUUUUUGGACGGGUUGAAAAAGUUCUACAUCACAAAGUUUAAAGGAUUUGAUCCACACCAGCUAUGUGUCGCUACUCUGUUGUUUGAAGGGGAUCGUGGGAAGGUUUUGCAGCACGAGAAACAGGUUUACGACAUUGCAGCCAAAUUCGGGGGUCUUGCUGCAGGUGAAGAUAACGGUCAGAGAGGAUACAUGCUGACGUUUGUGAUUGCAUAUCUACGGGACCUGGGCAUGGACUACUAUGUGAUUGGCGAGUCAUUUGAGACGUCUGUGCCGUGGGACAGGGUUUUGGACUUGUGCAGGAAUGUGAAGGAGAGGAUUCCGAGGGAGUGCAAGGAGAGGGGUGUACAGUUUCCACCAUUCUCCACAUGCAGAGUUACACAGACGUAUGACGCCGGUGCUUGUGUGUAUUUCUAUUUUGCCUUUAAUUACCGAGGUCUGAGUGAUCCGGUUCACAUCUAUGAACAAGUGGAGCAUGCAGCCCGAGAGGAAAUUCUGGCCAACGGGGGAAGUUUGUCUCACCAUCAUGGAGUGGGAAAACUCCGGAAGGAAUGGAUGAAAGAAAGCGUGUCCAGCGUGGGUCUCGGCAUGCUGAAGUCGGUGAAGGAGUUUGUGGAUCCUCAGAACAUUUUUGGGAACAGAAAUCUAUUGUAAUUUAACAAAACACCUAUUUUUUCUCUAUGAUCACACAGUCAUAUUUGAUUAAAAUGAUAUAUUCUUUAUGUGUGCACAGUUUUACGAUAAACACAUUUAUUUUUGA